CUUCUUAUACACGAUACUAUUUUAACAUUUAUUACGACAAUUCUUGUUACGCCUAAACCUCAAAAAUCAGAAAACACAUGCAGUCCGUGGCUUGGAUUCUGUCAGGUUUCCUCAAAUUGCUGCCGUAAUCUUGUGUGUCUAACUUACGCGGCUAAAUGCGUUCCAAAACAUGGAUUAAUAAUUCCUGGUGAAGAUACUAGACCCAUUGGUCCACCACCAUACGCACCGAUCAAAUAAAAUAUUUCCGUUCAAUAAGCAACCCAUAUUAUAUUUUUUAAUUAUCUGAAAAUGAAAUGUAUCAUUAUGGUUCUCACAUAUCCAAAAUAUAUAUUGAGUAUCAAGCGAGUCAAUGAAAUUAAUGAUCGUAUAACUUUAUGAAAAUCGUUAAAAUAAAUAAAUUUUAUUGCAAAUGAAAA